ACCGUCGCCGCCUCCGCCACCCGGAGGACCGAGCAAAAGUUUGGAUCUGGGGGAGGACGCGGCGCUGAGCGAGAUUACCACCGGGGCUGGAAGGAGACCUCGAGAACCUUCGCAGAGUGCAGAUUGAGCUUAACCAAGAAGUUCAUAGUCUGAUCAACACUGACCUGAUCUACAACAUCAGAAGGGAGUUCUGCCUGCCCAGUUGGGCCUCUGUUGACUGCAGAUAACUUGGCUUCACUCAUUGCCUGUGUGGAAAAUUCUCCCUAUUGAUUUUUUUUUUGUUGUUGUUUUGUUUUUUUGUUUUUGCACAUGGAGGACAGUAACAAAGACAGCAACACAGGCUGAUAAGAGCAGAGAUCACAGGAGAAUUCUUUUAUUACAGGCCCUUGGGACUUUUCCUCUAGUUGGAGUUCUGGACUUUAACAGAGCCCUUUCCAGUCAUUUUGGUUUUGUUUCUUGUUACUUUCCCACCACCUUGUAUUUUGUUUCCGUACUUCAGAAAUGGGCCUACAGACCACACAGUGGCCCAGCCGUGGGGCUUUUUUCCUGAAGUCUUGGCUUCUCAUUUCCCUGGGGCUCUACUCACAAAUGUCAAAAACCUUGGCGUGCCCUAGCGUGUGCCGCUGCGACAGGAACUUUGUCUACUGUAAUGAGCGAAGCUUGACCUCAGUGCCUCUUGGGAUCCCGGAGGGCGUAACCGUACUCUACCUCCACAACAACCAAAUUAAUAAUGCUGGAUUUCCCGCAGAACUGCACAACGUACGGUCGGUGCACACGGUCUACCUUUAUGGCAACCAACUGGAUGAAUUCCCCAUGAACCUUCCCAAGAACGUCAGAGUCCUCCAUUUGCAGGAAAACAACAUUCAGACCAUUUCGCGGGCUGCUCUCGCCCAGCUCUUGAAGCUCGAAGAGCUUCACCUGGAUGACAACUCGAUAUCCACGGUGGGGGUGGAAGAUGGGGCCUUCCGGGAGGCUGUGAGCCUCAAACUGUUGUUCCUAUCCAAGAAUCACCUGAGCAGCGUGCCCGUUGGGCUUCCUGUGGAUUUGCAAGAGCUGAGAGUGGAUGAAAAUCGUAUCGCUGUCAUAUCAGACAUGGCCUUUCAGAACCUCACGAGCUUAGAGCGUCUGAUCGUGGAUGGGAACCUUCUGACUAACAAGGGCAUUGCCGAGGGCACCUUCAGUCAUCUCACCAAGCUCAAGGAAUUUUCCAUUGUUCGGAAUUCACUCUCCCACCCCCCUCCUGAUCUCCCAGGUACACAUCUGAUCAGGCUCUACCUGCAGGACAACCAGAUCAACCACAUCCCUUUGACAGCCUUCUCAAAUCUGCGCAAGCUGGAACGCCUGGACAUAUCCAACAAUCAACUGCGCGUGUUGACUCAAGGGGUCUUUGAUAAUCUCUCCAACCUGAAGCAGCUCACUGCUCGGAAUAACCCCUGGUUUUGUGACUGCAGUAUUAAGUGGGUCACGGAAUGGCUCAAAUACAUCCCUUCAUCUCUCAACGUGCGAGGUUUCAUGUGCCAAGGGCCUGAGCAAGUCCGGGGGAUGGCUGUCAGGGAGCUGAAUAUGAAUCUUUUGUCAUGCCCCACCACGACCCCUGGGCUGCCCGUCUUUACCCCAGCUCCAAGUACAGCCUCGCCAACGACCCAGCCUUCCACGCUCUCUGUCCCAACCCCUAGCAGAAGCUACAUGCCUCUGACUCCCACCACAGCCAAACUUCCCACGAUCCCUGACUGGGAUGGCAGAGAAAGAGUGACCCCGCCUAUUUCUGAACGGAUCCAACUCUCUAUCCAUUUUGUGAAUGACACGUCCAUCCAAGUCAGCUGGCUCUCUCUCUUUACCGUGAUGGCAUACAAACUCACGUGGGUGAAAAUGGGCCACAGUUUAGUAGGGGGCAUUGUUCAGGAACGCAUAGUCAGCGGUGAGAAACAGCACUUGAGCCUGGUUAAUUUAGAGCCCAGAUCCACCUAUCGGAUUUGUUUAGUGCCACUGGAUGCUUUUAACUACCGAGCUGUGGAAGAUACCAUUUGUUCCGAGGCCACCACCCAUGCCUCAUAUUUGAACAAUGGCAGCAACACGGCUUCCAGCCACGAGCAGACGACUUCCCGCAGCAUGGGCUCCCCUUUUCUGCUGGCAGGCCUGAUCGGGGGCGCGGUGAUAUUUGUGCUCGUGGUCUUGCUCAGCGUCUUUUGCUGGCACAUGCACAAAAAGGGGCGCUACACCUCCCAGAAGUGGAAAUACAACCGAGGGCGGCGGAAAGACGACUACUGCGAGGCGGGCACCAAGAAAGACAAUUCCAUCCUGGAGAUGACAGAAACCAGCUUUCAGAUCGUCUCCUUAAAUAACGAUCAGCUCCUUAAAGGAGAUUUCAGACUGCAGCCCCUUUAUACCCCAAACGGGGGCAUUAAUUACACGGACUGCCAUAUCCCCAACAACAUGCGAUACUGUAACAGCAGUGUGCCAGACCUGGAGCACUGCCACACGUGACAGCCAGAGGUCCAGCGUUAUAAAGGCGGACAGUAAGACUCUGGAGAACACACACACGUGUGUGCACCGAAAGACACACGAAUUACAUUUGAUAAAUGUUGCCCAGAUGCAUUUGUGCAUUUGCAUACUCUGUAAUUUAUACGGUGUACUAUAUAAUGGGAUUUAAAGAAAAAAGUGCUAUCUUUUCUAUUUCAAGUUAAUGACAGUUUUGUAACUCUUUGCUUUUUAAAUCUUAAAAAAAAAAAUAGUUGCUGAAGUACUGUACAGGGUUGUACCAUGAGAACCCAAUGCCAAGGCUAAGGAGUGAUUCUUCCUCAUGAUGCACAUUCACCAUUUUACUGUUGAAGCUGUCAGAAUAAAUUCCUUUCUUAUGGUUGGUGGUCAGAUGAAAAGGCACAUGGAAACGGACUCAUCAGGGCAGGCUACACAACAUGGGGAAAACAAGGAAUGGCCCAGAUAGAUAUCUUUAUGCUAUUUCUAUACUUCCUGGUGUGGAAGGAAAGUUAAAAAUUUCAAAGUAGAAGAAAGGAGGUAGUUAACCCUGAUUUGACCCAAAGCAGGAAAUCUAGAAAGCAUCACAAGGAAGCCCGUUCCUGUAAGAUAAGUUAACCGAACCCGGCAGAAUCCAGAAAAUGAUGUGGGCUUUGAAAAGAACUUCAAACCCGGGGGUUGGCUUUCUGACUGGGAGCUUAAAAUCACCCCUCACGCCUCCCUGAUCCUAUGUGAUAACAGAGUUAGAGACCUGAGUCUGAUUCCGGCCAUCUUCAGGGACAGAUAGGAUGUUCCAGCAAGAAAACUCCCUUUAAAAGUGUUACUAUUCAAAUUAUAUGUCAGGUUGAAUCACAUUCAACAGAGAUAUAUUCUAGAAUACUUUUUUAGAAGAGGCUAAUAAAAUAACGGGAAGAAUUAUAUUGAAUGGAAUUAUUUUUGAUAAUGAGAAUUAUUUGGGUAGAUUCACCGCAGCUAUGUCAACAUGAUAUUUAGACCAAAAGAGAUCAGUGUUUGGAAUAUACUAAACUUGUUAUUUAAAAACUGUUGGUACCAUUUAGACAAAAGCAAGUGAUCAGUGAUUCUGCUACACUUCAUCAAACGACUUUGUUAGUAUCAUGUUGAAAUAGCUUGAAUUAAUACCUUUAUCCCCUUGCAAAUUUGUCUUCCAAUCACCUCACCUAUAUUUUCGUAACUAGCCGUUUAUGCUAGAUUUUUCCCCCCACUCUGCUUAAACUUUGAAAGAGAAAAUGAGAUCCCAGUCUCGGGUCCACAAAAUAUCCAUAUAUACUUAUACACGUUAAAAUGUAUACCAAUUUUCUCUGCUGAUAAUUCUAUAAGGACAUAUCAAAGCUGGCUGAAAUAAUGUAUUUUUUUAAAGCAAUACUGAGUUUCCACCUUGGACCGAUGUUCAUCCUAUUCCAUUUUUGAAAUUUCAUUUAUUCCCUUUCAGUCUUGGAUGUCCCUCUUCUUUCGGAAUUGUGGAGGGAUGAUCUAUCUUACAUUAGUAGGAUCACAUGGAACAAGUCAGAGAGCACAGGCUCCUUCCCCUAAUCUUGGCAGAGUGGGCAAAGAGCAGAGGGCAUAGAGAAGAGAGGGAUGUCUGUGCUUAAUUCUAGAUAUUUUCAAAGCAAUGCCCAUUUUCACAAAGUAUGUAUAACUCACUCCUUUUCAUCCCGUAGAUGUAGAAGGGCUAUCGAUCACCUACAUUAACUAAAAAAACACACCAUUGGAAAAUUCCUUUUAAAAUCAAAUUCUGCCCUGUGUUGUGGAUUUCCUUUACCACUGGCCAUUUUUUAGGGACCUGUGAAAUUGAUGUCACACUCAUUUUGGCUUUCUCUCUCGCUCUUUCUCUGUCUCUCACUUUUAACAAAAUAGAACUGUGAUGUGUCUUCUUUGUAAGAGUUUAGGUAUAAAACGCUAUGCAAGUUUUUCUUUAUAGUAAGAGCUUUAUUUUCUUUAAUAACGUACCCCCCAACUUAUAUGUUUUAAUCUCCCUUGUCCCUCAGAAUAAGCAGAACAUAUAACUGAAGUUAUAAUGUUGUAGAGGCAAGAAUCGAAACGGCAGUCAGUUGAACUGAAAUUAGCUGUUAAUUAAUUUGAAUUAAUUCUAAAGUGACUUAGGUUUCCAUAUGAGUUUAUUAGCUAGCAAAAUCUGGCUGUUGCUUGUUGAAAGUGAAUUCCACACAGCAAAGGGACAAGACAGUCUGUGAAGGUGAUCAGUGUUAACAGUAAGCCAUCUACUAUUCAGGACAAUGACUUGGGGUUGUGUGUAUUUAAACGGAUAAUUCCCUUCCACUGUUGUCUUCUCCUUGGCUGUGUAGAUAAAACUAUGUGUUCACAUUAUGGUACUUUGACUUUUGAGGGGUUUUUUUUUCUCUUUUAUCCACAAAAUAAUCAUGCUCAUUUAUUUAUAUUGUGUGUUUAACCCCCAGCAUCAUAUUUGGCUGCUGAAACAUUUUAGUUUCGAGCCAAGACUGAUGUUGGAAAGGUUUCUAUGAUGUCUUGUGGGAUUCACAGAAUUAUUUGGGGCUUGAGAGGUACAAUGAAGUCCUAGUCACGUGAAGGGGCCUCUGCUAAAAGACGUUCCUGAAGAGAUAGAACCUAGUUGCAGUCUUUGCUUUGAUCUUGCGCACAGUAUGACGGAGGCUGCUAAAAAUACGAUCAGUGUCUCGUUUGUCAUAGCAUACCUGGGGCUCUCACGCCAGGAUAGGAAGCCCAUCACGGAAUUUGUAAUGUCUUACGUGUCUUAGGAAAACUGCUGAAUAACCAACCGUCAGUGUUGGCUUAGGCUUUGAUUGGCAUCUUCAGUCGCGGGAGGUGUGUUUUGCUGAAACAUCUACCCUCUAAUGGAGCCUCUCUUGCUGCCAUUGUUAUGUACUUUUAGAUUAGCCAAGAGUCACAGUUGAAGAUGCAGGCCAGGACCAUGAACCAACAAGACAUACACCCUGGCUUAUAGAAUUUGAUGCUGUUUGACCAAACAGGCUGACUUCAGAUAACACACGGCCACUUUCAGAGCUAGGCAACUGUCACUGUGCAGAGGAAAUUCUAAGAGUAAAGGGUGUAGCCGUGAUCACACAGAUGUUAUUGAUGGUUAUUCAUUCCCAGGGUUGUCAUUAAUACCUGCUUGUUGUGGGGAGAUGUGUUUGAACAGGGAGAGGCUCUGUGCUCCCCUCAAAACUGUCAAAUACAUUGGCAGUUCAUCACAACGGAUGGCCACAGGCAGAGACAAAAAGUGUGUUUCCCUGCCCAGUUUCCUUGUAUGAGAAGUGGAAAACAUUCUAUCCCCUGAGAAAUAAUGCGAUUUCUAAUUACCUGGAUGUCUGUUGGAAAUAUAUAAGAUAUGUUCCCCAAGGUUUAAAAAAACAAACAAACUGUGUUGCUGUAUUGUGACCAGUCUGGCAAAAAAUACUAAUGAAGUCGCUAAUUUUAAGGCUCCGUUUCCUACCAGUGCCGAUCAUGAUGGUCUUAGUCACUUCCCAAGAUCAUAACUUAACUUCCCCACGUGGAGAACCAGCUCUGCAUGCGGUGAGCAGAACACCCAAUGCAAGCAAAAGUUACAGGGAACGGCUGAGGCAGAUCACCUUUUGACAGUGAACUGGUUAGUUUUCAUCAAUUUCUUUGUUUACAGCAUUUUUCUCUACCCUACAACAAGGAGACAUUGAGUUUUACGUUAGAACAAGAACAGUUUUGCCCAUGAUUUACCUUUCCAGCUUCAUGGGAGUGCAAAGCAAUUUCUUUGUGCCGCAAAGGGCAAUACAAAUACAAAACAAACAAACAAACAACUCUCCUAAUUCUUACUCUUGUCAAAACUGACCUGAUGCUCUUUUUUAAAAAGUCAAAAUACUAAUGAAGAAAGCUAUGGCUUACAUCCUUCUCUGAUUUCUACAUCAGGGCCAUAAGACAAUUGACCACUGGGGGAUGCUUGUCACAGAAUGUGGAGAGAAAGUUUUGUCCAUGUAUGAUACUGUUGUUACAACAAACCAAUCAGAUUCUUUUGCUAUAGUUUUCAUUUUUCUUUUUCUAGAGGCACAUCAUCCACCAGAAGAGCACAAAGCAAGGCCAUCGUAACAGACAUUUUUAAACUAGUAUGCAACACACACGUACGUGCACACACACACACACAACCACACGCACUGAGGCAUUUAUGAAGAUGUCCAUGGGAUAUAAGAUUUAUAACUUUUUGAGGCAAGGUGAAGGUGUCACCACUGUCUGUCCCUCUAAGACCAGUAUAUAUUCACCAAAAGUUAAUCCCAAUGGUUUGUUAUUGUUUGAACCACAUGUUGAUUUCCUUCUGGUUUAUGUUUAGUGUGUUCUCAUAACAAGGGACUGCAAGGGGCUGGAAGAUUCUGCAUUGCACGUCCUCUGAGACCUACCAUGCCGCACACCUUGUUAACUACAAACUUCACUCUACACUAUACAGUACCUUGUUGAUAUAUUCAGUAAAGGCUUAUUUUAAAAGAAAACCACAUUUUGUUUAUCUGAGUAAGUUCAUUGGGUUAUAGCCAACACUUGCAUUGUUAAUGUGAAAGAGAAAUUGUUAAUGUGGAAGGCUUCCUGAUGAUGCCUGAGGGUGGCAGGAAUAAAGGAGGUGAUAGGAUUUUUCCUUUUCUCCUACCUUGAAGACAGCUUCUGUUUUUAAAGCCAUUUAACCUUUUUUUUGUGUGUGAGGGGUUUAUAUGAAAUCUUCAUGUUCUUUUCUACUUCCCGACUAACUUGUGUGUUUGUCUGCAUAUCUUUUCAGUAUACACCAUACAUCACGAAUAUUGUUUUGUAUUUGUUAAAUCUGUAUUGCUUAGGAUAGAGAUAAAUACGAAUGUAUUAAUCCAGUCAGAAGAGCCCCCCCCCCCCAUUUCAUAACAUACACUAUUGGUUUUAAAAUGUCAAUUUUUCUUAAGAAUUCCCAUGGUACAUUUCUACUUCAGAUUUGUUUAUAGCUCAUGCACCCAUACUUCUAAUGAGCACUCAUGAAAAUGUAUCUAUUCACGUGCUCCAGUUCAACUCGGAUUAUUCUCACGAUUUUGCCAGACCCCUUUCCUCUAACUCUUUAAUAAUGUAUUUGACAGAGAUUAAAUCAGGAAACAAAAUCACGACACUUCAGUUAACUAGUAUUAAUUAUUUGUAGAAUCUAUGUUGGAAAAUUAAGUAUGCAAGACAGUGGUCACUGGUGAUUUAUAUUACACUUGGGAGAUUUUGUGCCAAGUAAUGUCCAUGCAACUCUCAGUCACUUUUACCAAGAAUUGCAGACUUUAUUCUGUGAAGACCAGACCCUUAGUCAAGGAAUAAAAUUCGUUAAAAAAAAAAGUUUAUUACAAGUCAGCAUUUGGCUGACUUCAGAAGUUUUGUAGAAGAAUAAAAUACAGUCUUAGGCAAGUCAAGCACAUCUUCUUCCCUGUGUUCCUAAAGAAAUCUGUUCACCCAAAGUAUUUAUUUUUCAUGUACCUUCUACAGAAUUCUAUGUUAGGUUCUUUUGGGGAUUCAGAGAAAAACAUGACUCUACCACUAAGGAGCUCACAGAUUGUGCAAGAAGCUCGUUUUCGAACACAUUCCGGAGUCUCAGAGACCAUGUAAUAAUUUUACAUUCUCUCAACCUCAACAGAGUAUCUAAGGUGACGAAAGAAAUAGACGUACUUCUUGAUACAUUUGAUGUUGUAUAUAUUAGACGAUCUUGGUGUUUAAUAGAUGAUGCAAAGUGAUGGUGCGUUGAUGAAAUUAGAAUUGAAUUUGAAUCAAAUCUUCAAACAUAUACUAAGUAAUUGAACAUUUAGGAAUUGUGUUUAGUAAUUAGACAUGCAACUUUAAAUUUCCGCUGGGCACCAGAAUAUAAAUUAAUCUAAAACAAUAAAGAAUGGCACCUGACAAUUCUUGAGCACCAAUGUAAUGCCACAUUUAGAAUGCUUUGAUACAUGUGGUCACAUUUUGUCUUCAACUAUGUAAGGUGUUUCAUCUUAGCUUUUCAGCAUGUAAAACUUCCCAAGAAGUAUAGCGAUUCGUCCCUGAUCAUAAAACCUGUGAAUGGCAGAAGCGGGCGUUAACCCCAAACGUGAUUCUUAGACUCUUAAGUACCUUCUCGCCUCUUAAAUUGACUAGCUUUGAGAUGGACUAGCCUUCAGGACAACUUCUUUGUCAACAGUUAAAAUUUGUGAUGAUCGAGAUAUCACAACGUCACUCGGAGGACACAUAUAUUAAUUAUUGUUUGUGGCAAAUCAAGGAAACAUUCUAAAAACCUAAAAAUAUUUGUCUUUCAAAUCCCAUUCCUGUUUUUUUUUUUAGAGAAAUUCUGUGUUUGUUAUUAUUGGGUGGCUGCACAUUUAUCUGACUUGAAAGCUUCAGAUGGAAUCAAGAUAUGCCUACACCCACGGGGUGAGCUGAAAACUAUUAAAAGGACUUGAGUGAGGUUA